AUGGCGAGUGUCCGCGCAGCCUCCAGACUUCUCUCCAAAAAGACUUUGUUUAAGUCUAAAGCAAUCCCUGCUGCUGCAGUGGACCGCUCGAGAAAUUUUCACUUCUCCAUCUAUGGGAAGAAAAAUAAUGCAAAAGUGUCUGGUGAUAUUUCUACCCAGUACCCAGUAGUGGACCAUGAAUUUGAUGCGGUGGUAGUUGGAGCUGGGGGAGCAGGCCUAAGAGCUGCCUUUGGUCUCUCGGAGGCUGGUUUUAACACUGCAUGUGUAACCAAACUGUUUCCAACCAGGUCCCACACUGUGGCAGCACAGGGUGGCAUCAACGCAGCACUGGGGAACAUGGAGGAAGAUGACUGGAGGUGGCAUUUCUAUGAUACCGUGAAGGGAUCUGAUUGGUUGGGAGAUCAGGAUGCUAUCCAUUAUAUGACAGAACAAGCCCCUGCAGCUGUAGUUGAGCUGGAAAAUUUUGGAAUGCCAUUCAGUCGAACUGAGGAUGGAAAAAUUUACCAAAGGGCCUUUGGUGGCCAGAGCCUUAAGUAUGGAAAGGGAGGACAGGCCCAUCGCUGCUGCUGUGUAGCAGACCGAACUGGACAUUCAUUAUUGCAUACUCUUUAUGGACGGUCACUUCGUUAUGACACAAGUUACUUUGUGGAGUACUUUGCCCUUGACCUGCUCAUGGAGAAUGGCGAAUGUAAAGGAGUCAUUGCUUUGUGCAUGGAAGAUGGCUCUAUCCACCGCUUCAGAGCCAACAAUACGGUCAUUGCCACUGGGGGGUAUGGUCGCACCUAUUUUAGCUGUACAUCUGCGCACACAAGCACAGGGGAUGGAAAUGCCAUGGUUACUCGAGCUGGUCUUCCUUGCCAAGAUUUGGAGUUUGUGCAGUUUCAUCCCACAGGUAUUUAUGGUGCUGGGUGCCUGAUCACUGAGGGCUGUCGCGGAGAGGGUGGAAUAUUAAUUAACAGUGAAGGAGAGCGUUUUAUGGAACGCUAUGCACCCAACGCAAAAGACCUGGCUUCCAGAGAUGUUGUGUCCCGCUCAAUGACUAUAGAAAUUCGAGAGGGCAGGGGUGUUGGCCCAGAGAAGGACCAUGUGUACCUGCAGCUGCACCACCUUCCUCCACAGCAGCUGGCCACUCGGCUGCCUGGGAUCUCAGAGACCGCUAUGAUCUUUGCUGGAGUUGAUGUGACAAAGGAGCCAAUACCUGUUCUUCCCACAGUACAUUACAACAUGGGAGGAAUACCCACCAACUUCAAGGGACAGGUGAUCACCUAUGAAAAUGGAAAUGAUAAAGUUGUCCCAGGCCUGUACGCUUGCGGUGAGGCUGGCUGUGCCAGUGUACAUGGUGCUAAUCGCCUUGGCGCCAACUCCCUUUUGGAUCUUGUGGUGUUUGGCAGAGCCUGUGCUCUUACAAUUGCUGAAGAACACAAACCAGGAGAAAAAUUAUCCCCUCUGCAGUCCAAUGCAGGCGAAGAGUCUGUGGCAAAUUUGGAUAAAUUGAGAUAUGCCAAUGGUUCCUUAAGGACAUCGGAAAUUAGGCUUAAUAUGCAGAAGACAAUGCAAGCCCAUGCGGCUGUGUUCCGUACUGGACCUGUGCUGAAGGAAGGCUGCGACAAGAUGGAUGACUUGUAUACAACUUUAGAUGAUUUGAAGACAUUUGACAGAGGCAUUGUGUGGAAUACUGAUUUGGUGGAGACUUUGGAGCUGCAAAACCUGAUGUUGAACGCUGUGCAGACGAUCCACUCAGCUGAGCAGAGGAAGGAGAGCAGAGGAGCUCAUGCCAGAGAGGACUUCAAGGAUCGAAUUGAUGAGUAUGACUACUCCAAGCCCCUGCAGGGUCAGGAGAAGGUACCCUACGAAAAGCACUGGAGGAAGCACACAUUGUCCUAUGUCGAGCCUAAAACUGGAAAGGUCACUCUUAAGUACCGUCCUGUGAUCGACCACUCUCUGGAUGAGCAGGAUUGUGCCCAUGUUCCUCCUGCCAUCCGCUCUUACUAA